CUGAAGCAUUGAUCAAACCCAAGAGUCUCCUCAACUUCCAAUCACGUUCAUCUACCUCACAAGAAUGUCAUCAUUGAUUAUUCAGAGACGUCUUCUACUUCUUCAUGUUCUCUUUUGAACUCUUCCCGUCAAUAACCAUGUAGCUUCAACAGUAGCAUAGUUUCACUUGCACUGAUCAAACUAUACUGUUCUUCAAGCUCUCCUAAUUCCUUCUCUGUAACCCUUUCAUGCUCUCUUCUGAUCACAUUCAGAUAGUCCUUGAUUAUCUUGAUGCAUCUCCACUAAAAAGCUAGAGAACAAAUGAAAAGCAUUUUUUUCUGACAAAGGUUUUGCAUUCAAAUAGUCCGUUCUUUGACUUUUGCGGUUUUGCUACAUGGUUAACGUCCGAUCACUGCUCUCAUAUAUAUCUUCAUUUAAUUUGAAGAUUUUCAUCUGGGAAGCAUUUCUACGAGGUUUUGAUUGGUGGGUGUAUGUAAUUUUUGUGAUUAUUGAUAUAUUUCAAUGGUGGAGCUUCAAUCCUGUGCUGGCUUGGUCAAUGCUUCUGCAUUGUGUGCUAUAGAGCAAGAAGUGAAAGGGGAGGGCAUCAGUGUUAUUGCUGAGAUUACUGCCGAGUUACAAAGGGAAAGACGGAAGAAUGCUGAGCUUUUGGAGAGAAUAUCAAUUCUUGAAGCUCAAAUACAGGAAAGAAAAAAACAAUCUCUUCCUACAGAUGGACAAGGCGGUUGUCCCAAUGCAAUGGAAAGAAGCUUGAAGAAGUUAAAAAGUCAGAAAACAGAACGGAGUGCUGGAACUGAGAAUGGAAACAUUAGCAAAAGUGAAAUGGCAACACAGCAGAUGCAUGACUCGAAGUGUUCACCCCCAGGAGAGGCAAGACUAGAAGAUUGCUUGGUUAGUUGGAUGAGAAAGGAUGAGAACCAUUUUUUUCAUUACGAAAAAUUUAAAGAUGGUGAUUCAAUAGCAGACUGUGAUAAUACAGAUGAUAGUGAUGAUGAUUAUCAUGAAGAGGAUGAUAUUAAUAGUGGCCAUAAAGUUGGGAAUUUUCAUGAGACUUCAAUAACUGCUAUUGAACAGAAAGAAUAUCCUCAUGAAGGUGGUGAUGAGGGAUUAUUUAUACCAUGUUUGGAAAGUUCCUCUGGUGUUCAGCUUGAACCAACAUUUUCAAUUGUGAGCCAAGAAACGAAUGAAAACCAAAAUGAAAAUGGUAUGGCACCUGAUACACAGCCAGGUUAUGAUAAGCGGGAACUCAAAGGACUUGACAGGAAAGAGACCAAAAAUACUGGAGGACAUAAAGAACUACCUGAGUUCCUUAGUUUUGAUAAAGAGGUCUGUCAUGGCCUAUCAUUACAAAAAAAACCUCCAAAGGUGGCUUUCUGUCCAAAAGAAGUGAAGAAAAUUAUUGAGUCAAAUAUCCUGUUACAGAAAAAUGCUCAGUCUCACACCAUAAGAAAAAUUAUAGUUUUUGCAUCUCUCGGUUUAAGGCAUGGAUGUGAAGAUAUGUAUGAGUUGGACUUCAAUCAUUUUAGCAUUCUGAGGAAGGGAGAACCAUAUGUAUCUCCCACGAAUCCUGGGGAGCACGUUUUAUAUGAGAAUCCUGGUAUUCGGAGAAAGGUCUUUUAUCCCAAUCAACAGAAUCCAACAUUAUGUCCUGUUCAAGUACUUGAGGAAGAGAAGGCUAUGCGACCGUCUGAUGCUAGUUGCCCAUCCUGCCUAUUUCUUUGUAUCAAGUAUGGUGGAAGAACAAGAAAUCUUCCCCAAAAUGAAUAUGUUAGGCAGCGGAUGGGAAGAAACAAGCUGAAGUCUUUUGGGCCACUGAUGUGUCAAAUAGCAAUGCUAGUUCAUAUUCGCACUGGGAGCUUCUUCUUCAAGGCCUUAGGCAUCACACUUCUGUUCAUGGCUGGUUUUCCCGACGACCUGGUUCAAAGGGAAACAAAAUACCGGAACUUGGACUUACUCCAAAAAUAUUACAGGACAGAUGAAGAAGCUGAAGGGGAGGAAUUAUUUCUUCUGCAUCCAGAGACUUGCGAUAAUGGUAGUCCUGGUUCUCAGCAGUUAACUGGGAAGACGAUUUCAACUAAAUCAAGAAGGAAACAAACCAUCUCAAAUAGUAAGCCUAAUAAUCUGAAAAGAUCCUCCGUUCAGAAGUCGAAACCUUCAAGCUCUGCAGCUCCUACUCAAUUUGGGUUAAUGGGCUACACCUCUAUUCACACUCAAGCAAUGGCAGCAUUGCAGGCCUUCCCGUCUCAGACUUCAGUAGAUGCCCCUCAAAUUUCAAAUCCGAUGAUUCCCAGUACUGCUACUAAUGUCUCCUACCGCAAUCAGACCCCAUACCAUGUGUUCCCACAUCAACCAGCGAAUUCUUUUCUACCUAUGGUAUACUGGCCUCCCCCAAACUCUUUUCUUCCUAGACCUUAUUCAUCUACAUAUGGUUUCCACUCCUUUCCAUCUACUGCAAAUUACAUCUCUAUCCAUCAACAACCUUAUUACAGCAAUCCCUCCAGCACUCCUUUCAUACCCAAAACGGUAGGAGGCACACAGGAGAUCAAUAACGUGGCAUUAGAGGAAGCUGGUACUGACUCUGACAGCAGUUCAAGCAGUACUGAUACAAAAGAACAGUAGUGAACCGUCUGUCUGACAUGAGUUCCAUGUAAAUGUCCAUCAUUGGGGAAUAUUUUUGGAAGAUGUGAUGAAAUGCAUUUUUGGGCCUCUUCUUUGCAGCGGGUAUGUAACUACCAAGUCUUUAUUCGAUGUAAGUUUGCAUUUGUCGGUUUACAGUGAAAAUUUAUUCGAGGGUUGCAGCAGAUUAGUUAUUGCAUAUGCAAAAUUUUGUAUGAAACUUCUGCUCUUUUCUUGGAAAAAUGAGAUGGUGUUUCUUU